UCUCAUUCCCAAUAUGCAGCCAUAUACCCAAAACUGGACCCACAUCACAGAGUUUGUCAUGGUGGGCUUUGCUGGGGUGUGUGAAACACGCCUCCUCUUCUUUAUACUCUUUCUCGCCAUGUACCUGUUUACCUUGGUGGAGAACUUGGCCAUCAUCUUGGUGGUGAGUUUGGACAAUCAGCUACGGAGACCCAUGUAUUUCUUUUUGACACACUUGUCCUGCCUUGAAAUCGGGUACACCUCAGUCACAGUGCCCAAGAUGCUGGCUGGUUUUAUUGGGGUGGAUGGAGGCAAGAGCAUCUCGUAUGCUGGCUGCCUGUCCCAGCUCUUCAUCUUCACCUUCCUCGGGGCAACUGAAUGUUUCCUACUGGCUGCCAUGGCCUAUGAUCGCUAUGUGGCCAUUUGUAUGCCUCUCCGAUAUGGGGCUUUGGUGUCGUGGGGCACCUGCAUCCGUCUGGCUGGUGCUUGUUGGAUGGUGGGCUUCCUCAUACCCAUUUUGCCCACCUACCUUAUGUCCCAGCUGAUAUUUUGUGGCCCCAAUGUCAUCGACCACUUCUUCUGUGAUGCCUCACCCUUGCUAGCUUUGUCCUGCUCGGAUGUCACCCUGAAGGAGACCAUAGACUUCCUUGUCUCUCUGGCAGUACUCCUGGCUUCCUCUGCAGUCAUUUCAGUGUCCUAUGGCAACAUUAUCUGGACACUGCUGCACAUCCGCUCUGCGGCUGAGCGCCGGAAGGCCUUCUCCACCUGUGUAGCUCACUUGACUGUGGUGAGCCUCUUCUAUGGCACUCUUUUCUUUAUGUAUGUCCGGACAAAAGUGGCCUCCUCCAUCAACUUCAACAAGGUGGUGUCUGUCUUCUACUCCAUUGUCACACCAAUGCUCAACCCUCUCAUCUAUAGUCUUCGAAACAAGGAGGUGAAGGGAGCUCUGAGCAGAGCCUUUUUCCUCAAGCCUUGGAAAGGUCAAUGAGGGGGCAGGUGGGAUC